CGACCAACUGUACUUUUCAUGAAUUGGGCGGUAGCCGCAGUCUUCACUGUUGGAACAAAUAUAUUGGUUCUGCAGUGACCGACGAUGGCACUCCUACCCACACUUCCGAUCUAUACGGGGAUGAUGUUCGCUGUCUUCCUGUUACCUACUGUUCGGUGUCGCACCUUGCUCAUACUAUUUUCACAGGAUCUAGCAGAACCUCUUGGUGACGGUAAUCGUGCGCUGCCUGUAUUCAUUAGAAUAAUAUCAUGGGAAGCUCAACAGGCGUUCGCUACUAUCAACAAAUUUAUCCUCACCUAUUCAGAAUACCUGCCGCCUCCUUCCAAGCAUGUCGUUGUUUUAUUACUGCAUUGUCCUGUGUCAAAAACCAUCAAAGGUACGCUGUGCAUAUUUUCAGGAGUAAAUGAAGAGAAAGAUAGUGUACAAAAGUCGGCUUUUGUAACAAAGCAACGACUGAAGUCACCGCUUGCCAC